AUGUCGGUCUUAAAGGUCGCUGCCCUUGGGGUUCCGGUUGGAGUGCUUGCUUCGGGGUCAUUAUUCUUCUAUGCAACCCGACACAUUGAAGCGGUUCAGCUCUCUCCGUCGGAUUCGAUCUUCAAGAGCAAGUACCACCAGAAAUACAACCCGAACAACAAUCCUACCGUGCAUGACUUGCAUAUACGAAGGGUUCCAAUCUUGCAAAUAGACCCGACGCUCUUGCAGAAUCAGGAAAGUCUGAUUGAGAGAUAUACUGGUGGGGUUUGGGCAGGAGUCGGAUUCUCCCUCCAACGCAUUCUCCUCAGCUAUUUCAGCAACCAAAAAGCGCACGAGCUCUGGCGCCCUGCAGAGCUCCUAGAAUCGAAAUAUCACCCCGGAACAACAAUCACCAAUGAGCUUGUCGUAUUAACAAAGUCCCAAGACCGCAUCCUUAUCCGGGGCGGCGAUAAGGUGUCAAAAGACGGGCUCCGACCGAUGGAUGCAUUGAUCGAAUUGAGUGUACAGUUGGAGCCGGAGGAAAAUUACGUGCAGUUUGGAUUCAAGUCGCUGUUUUUCCAAGGACUUGGGACAUCGGAGCGUCUGCCUAUGCCGGCUUUUGUGGUCUGGCUUCAUGAUCAGUAUGCUAAGGCGUUGCUGGAGUCUGGCGUGCGAUAUGUUCUCAAGGAAAGAUGA